UCCGGCUGUCCGAGCUGCCCGCUCUCCGGGCUCCAUGGCGGCCGCCCGCGCAGGGUUGACCGAGCUGGGCUUCGCCGAGGCGGCGCCGGCGUGGCGGCUGCGCAGCGAGCAGUUCCCCAGCAAAGUGGGCGGGCGGCCGGCGUGGCUCGGCGCGGCCGGGCUGCCGGGGCCUGCGGAGCUGUCCUGCGUGCUGUGCGGCCGCCCGCUGGCCUUCGUGCUGCAGCUGUACGCGCCGCUGCCCGGCCGCGCCGACGCCUUCCACCGCGGCCUCUUCCUCUUCUGCUGCCGCGCGCCGCCGUGCUGCGCCGGCCUCCGCGUUUUCAGAAAUCAGCUACCCAGGAAAAAUGACUUUUACUCCUAUGAGCCGCCUUCUGAGGAUCCUCCUCCGGAGACAGGAGAAUCCAUGUGCCUCCAGCUCAAGUCUGGUGCUCAUCUCUGCAGGGUUUGUGGCUGUUUAGGCCCCAAAACGUGCUCCAGAUGUCACAGGGCACAUUACUGCAGUAAGGACCACCAGACUCUAGACUGGAGACUGGGACAUAAGCAAGCUUGUGCACAAUCAGAUAAUUUGGACAAUACAGUUCCAGACCACAACUUCCUUUUUCCAGAAUUUGAAAUUGUAAUAGAAACAGAAGAUGAGAUUACACCUCAAACUGUGGAAAAAGAUGAUGAAUCAGAGGUUAGAGGGAGCAUGGAUGAAGCACCUGAGGAAGAAUUGGAUUCCAUGGCAAAACAUGAAUCCAGGGAAGAUAAAGUUUUCCAGAAGUUUAAAACUAAAAUAGCCCUUGAACCAGAACAGAUUCUCAGAUACGGCAGAGGGAUUGCCCCCAUCUGGAUCUCUGCUGAAAAUAUUCCUCAGGAAAAGGAUAUUCCAGAUUGCCCCUGUGGUGCCAAGAGAAUAUUUGAAUUCCAGGUCAUGCCUCAGCUGCUCAACUACCUAAAGGCCGACAGACUGGGCAGGAGCGUUGAUUGGGGUGUCCUGGCUGUCUUCACCUGUGCUGAAAGCUGUAGGCUGGGCACUGGCUACACAGAGGAGUUUGUUUGGAAGCAAGAUGUAACAGAUAGACCUUAAAGGCAACAUCAUAAAGCCUUAAAAAUGCUCAUAAUCUCUUAGACCUUGCAAUUCCAUUUCUAGACUUUAUCCUAAGGAAAUAAUUAUACCAGAGAUAGAGGUACAAAGAUGUUGUUUUAGGCAUUAAAAUGUCUAAACAUUAGUGGAAAAAAAAUGACCAGUGACAGGGAAUUAAAUAAAUCUUGGUGUACCUAUACAGUGGAAGGCUAUGUAGUCUUAAUGAUAUAGACCUAUAUGCAUACCAAAAAAAACAGAUCUGAACUGACACCAAGAUACCACUAUAAGUGGUAUUCAUAGUAUGAUCACAUUUUUGUUAAAAUAUUUAUACAUGUGUAUGUGCACAGGAAUAAAUGAGGAAAGAUAAACACUAGGUGUGAACUGGUUAACUGAAUGGUGGGCUAAGUAAAAUGAUGUCUUUUCUUAUAUGUAUAUUUCUACAAUAAAAAUAGAUUAUGUGCCUAAGUAAGUCAAACUCAGCAUUUCCCCCUCUGAAAUUGGCAAAGUUAAAACAAAAAUAUUUGGCUAAAACCCCAAGAGACUUGUCUGAUAAUCAGGUGAUUGUCACAGGCUCUGGCAUAUAUAGAAGCCAAGAACAUGAGAAAAAUACUGAACCCCACUAGGCUGGUGCAAUGAAUGGGGUACCCAGUGAUUCUGAAGCAGCAGCAGCAGCAGCAAAGUUAGCUAGAUCAGGAAAACAGUAGAUUUGUGAACAGAAAACCUGAUCUUGAAGAGAAGCUCUACUUCAAAACUGACCUUGGUGAGCUAGUGGCACUGCUUACAGGACGAGAAACUGAAAGGCAACAGUGAUGGUCUUCCCUUUCCAUCUCAUACUGCCCUACACAUGGGGCGUAAACCCAAGUAAGGAUGCAGGAAUCAGCCACUGGAUUUUCCCUAGGUCAGCCCCAGGACCAUGUGGCCCAGGAGGCAGCAGCCUGAGGGAAGGCCCUGAGGCCAGCUUUCAAGUGUGGAAUAGUCUGUUUCUGAAGCAUCUGUUUAUGCAAGUGGUUCCUAAAUCUGCUGUUAACCAUGCUAAGGCUCCUCCCAGCCUCUAGUGUUUAACAAUUAUCUGGGGAUAAUUUCCAAUUCUCACAAUACCAGUGCUGCCUGCCCAACACUAAGGCAAAUAUGAAGACACACUUGUUGAUAAGUGCUUGAAAGCCAACAGCUAAUUCUGAUAACUUUCUCAUCAUUAUUUCCUUAAUCCACACAGGCUCACAUUAUCCCAUACACAUCCCUGCUAACCCUGGAAUACACUGCAACAUAAACACAUCUUUUUGGAGGUAAUAUCUGCUAAUGUCAUUGACUGCAU